UGCCAUGUGCCAGUGCUCAUCAGUGCCACAUCAAUGCCACAUAUCAGUGCCCAUCAGUGCCACCUAUCAAUGCCAAUCAGUGCCACCGAUCAGUGCUGCCAAUCAGUGCCACCUAUCAGUGCCAGUCAGUGUCGCCUAUCAGUGCGCAUCAGUGCCAGUCAGUGCCACCUAUCAGUGCCAGUCAAUGCCGCCUAACAGUGCCAGUCAGUGCCACCUAUCAGUGCCGCCUAUCAGUGCCAUGUAUCAGUGUCAUGUAUCAGUAUCAGUGCUGCCUUUCAGUGCCCAUCAGUGAUGCCUGUCAAUGCCCACUAGUGCAACCU